AAUUAUUCACUUAAGAGAUUGAAUAUUUUAUCUUUUUUUAUGCUGAAAAAGGCGCUUAUUUAUGACUUAUGAGAGUACUCGGCAAACGACAAAGUUGGUAGACUCUGGACUCUGGCCACAUCCUCCCAAUGUAUAUAUCCUACCCCCUCAAACCCCAACUCAAACCUCCGACACCCCCAUCUCAGAUUUUCUCUGUUCUUUCUUUUUUCAUUUCCAGUAAAACCCAAAUAGAUAAACAUCUCUCUCUCUCUCUCUCUCUCUCUCUCUCUCUUUCUCUCUCUCUCUCUUUGUAUAUAUCAUUGUUUGUCACUCUUUCUGUGUGUUUGGAACUGAGGCAACACUAGAGAGAAAUUAAAGAGGUUUGUUUCUUGUUGUUGGUUCAAGAUGGAGGGAGGGAUACAUGCCGGCACAGAUACCUCUGCUUUUAGGGAUUGCUUCUCUCUGGCUUGGAAGAAUCCUUAUGUUCUUCGCCUUGCUUUCUCUGCUGGCAUUGGUGGCCUUCUCUUCGGCUAUGACACAGGAGUGAUUUCUGGUGCCCUUCUUUACAUUAGAGAUGACUUUAAGUCCGUGGACAGGAAAACUGUACUCCAGGAGAGCAUCGUGAGCAUGGCAGUUGCCGGAGCAAUCAUAGGAGCAGCAAUUGGUGGAUGGUUAAAUGAUCGGUAUGGAAGAAGAAAGGCAAUCCUCGUUGCAGAUUUCCUAUUCUUCAUUGGAGCUGUAAUCAUGGCUGCUUCUCCUGGCCCAGCUCUUCUCAUCGUUGGUCGAGUUUUCGUUGGACUAGGUGUUGGAAUGGCAUCAAUGACAUCUCCUCUCUACAUUUCAGAGGCUUCUCCUGCAAAAAUCAGAGGUGCCCUUGUUAGUACUAAUGGAUUUCUCAUCACUGGUGGCCAGUUUCUUUCAUAUCUCAUCAACUUGGCCUUUACAGAGGCACCUGGGACAUGGCGGUGGAUGCUUGGUGUUGCAGGACUUCCAGCUUUUCUUCAGUUCAUUCUUAUGCUAAUGCUCCCAGAAUCACCCCGUUGGCUAUAUCGAAAGGGAAGGGAAGAAGAAGCCAAAGCCAUACUGAGUAAAAUAUACCCAGCUGAUGAAAUCGAAUCAGAAAUCCGAGACCUUAAGGCCUCCGUUGACAAAGAAAUUGAGGAAGAAGGAAAUUCUGAGAAGAUUAACAUUAUCAAACUAUGUAAAACCAGAACUGUGAGGAGAGGACUAACUGCUGGUGUUGGCCUUCAGGUUUUCCAGCAGUUUGUGGGAAUUAAUACAGUUAUGUAUUAUAGUCCCACCAUAGUUCAGUUGGCUGGUUUUGCGUCUAACCGAACUGCUCUGCUGCUUUCACUUGUCACUGCUGGUCUCAAUGCAUUCGGUUCUGUUGUGAGCAUAUAUUUCAUUGACAGGACCGGAAGGAAGAAGCUUCUCAUUGCCAGUUUGGUUGGUGUGAUACUUUCACUUGGUCUUUUAUCAGGAAUUUUCCAUGAGUCUACAACUCACUCACCGAUGGUUAAAGCUGCUGAAGCUCGCUAUGGAAAUUAUACCUGCCCUGAUUACAGUUUGGAAACAAAUACUGCUUCUUGGGAUUGUAUGAAGUGCUUGAAGGCCACACAUCCGGAAUGUGGGUUUUGUGCUGCAGCUUCUGAUAAGCUACUGCCUGGAGUAUGUUUGGUCUCAAAUGACACUGUGAAGGAUCUUUGUCAUGGAGACCACAGGGAAUGGUACACCAGGGGAUGUCCUAGCAAAUAUGGAUGGGUUGCACUAAUUGGCUUGGCACUCUACAUCAUAUUCUUCUCUCCUGGAAUGGGUACUGUCCCAUGGAUUGUCAACUCUGAGAUCUACCCUUUAAGGUUUAGAGGGGUUUGUGGAGGAAUAGCUGCCACAGCAAACUGGAUCUCAAACCUUAUAGUUGCCCAGUCUUUCCUAUCCUUGACGCAGACCAUAGGGACUUCUUGGACAUUCCUAAUGUUUGGGGUUAUAUCAAUAAUAGCUUUGAUCUUUGUCCUGGUGUAUGUGCCUGAAACAAAGGGGCUACCAAUAGAGGAGGUUGAGAAGAUGCUGGAACUCAGAUCUCUGCACUACAAGUUCUGGGAGAAGACGUCUGAACCAUAUGAGAAAAAACCAGAAGUCUGAUUAGUAGUAGGACUUCAUGUGCUAAAUUUAGGGAACGUCAGAAAUUUAAGAAGGGGUUUCCUAAUAGUAUAUAACUAAUUUAAACUUAAGACAUGUAUUGCGCCUUCUUCACUGAUGGAAUAUACAUUUUCAUCCUAAA